AUGUCGGAGCUUAGCUUUCCCGCGUCCUCAGCGGCCAUGUUUGAGCCCAGAUUACCACCGACGACAACAGAUGGAGCGCUGUCACGACCUUUCGUGACCCUCACUUUUGCUACUUCGUUAGACUCAUCGCUCUCUCUGGCACCGGGUGUCCGCACCCGACUCUCUGGACCUGACUCCAAAGCCAUGACGCACUACCUUCGUUCACGCCACGAUGCCAUUCUUAUUGGCGUCUCUACUCUCCUGGCCGACUCUCCGGCUCUCAACUGUCGUACUAGCGGUGCUACGAGUCAGCCUCGUCCCAUAGUUAUUGAUCCUCAUCUUCGCUGGACUCCUAGUCACACAGAUAAGGUUCUGGAGGUUGCGCGUCUCGGCAAUGGUUUGGCCCCUUUUGUUCUAACUGGGAUGGACAUACAAGACGUGCCUGCCAAAAGCCUUGAAAUCCUUGAGGAGCAUGGCGGCAAGUAUAUACAAGUCCCCACCGCGCUUGGGUCCAACAGCCGUAAGCGCUUUGAUUGGCAUGACGUAUUUGACGCAUUGCUUCGCGAGGAUCUUUCGAGCGUCAUGGUUGAGGGAGGUGGUCAAAUUAUCAACUCACUACUCGAUCCCCGGUUUCACAAUGAUAUCGACUCUGUGAUUGUUACCAUUGCACCAACUUGGCUUGGUCAAGGAGGAGUUUUGGUGUCUCCAGACCGUCGUCAAGAUUCGACCGGCACUCCUAUCCCUGUUGCAAGACUGUCGAACGUUUCAUGGCAUCCUUUUGGAGAAGACGUUGUGCUGUGUGGUACUUUACACAACUAG